UCUAGUAAUUAAGAUAAAAUUGAUCUCUCUGGCGAGUGGCACGUUUCAUCAGAAAAUAAACACAGAACUUGACAUAUUUGAGUAAAUUAAUGAAAUAGGGAAGAUUUUACUGGUGAACUGAAAUGCCGACAGUUGCAGUAAAAAGAGAUGAACUAUUCCAACUCCUUGGAAAAACAUACACUGAUGAAGAAUUUGAUCAGCUGUGUUUUGACUUCGGUGUUGAACUUGAUGAAAUAACAUCAGAGAAAGAACAGAUAGAAAGAGAACAGGGUAAAGAGAAAGCAAGUGGAGCAUCAGAUGUUGUAGAAUAUAAAAUAGACGUACCAGCUAAUAGAUAUGAUAUAUUGUGUAUUGAGGGUAUAUCAAGAGGGUUACUCGUAUUUCUAGAAAAAUUAAAGGCACCACGAUAUACAACAGUUGAACCAAGCGGUGAAAAACAAAGAUUGACAAUUUUACCUUCCACUGGUCAAGUUCGACCUCAUGCUGUGGCUGCUGUGCUCAGAAAUAUCACCUUUAAUCAGGAACGAUAUAAAAGUUUCAUUGAUCUUCAAGAGAAACUUCAUCAGAAUCUCUGCAGGCGGAGAUCUCUAGUUGCCAUAGGAACUCAUGAUCUUGACACUCUUAAAGGACCAUUUACAUAUGAUGCCAAACCCCCAGCUGAUAUCAAAUUUCAACCUUUGAAUCAAACUAAGGAAUUCACGGCACCUGAACUCAUGGAAUUAUACUCAAAAGAUGCCCAUUUAAAACAGUAUCUACCUAUAAUACAAGACAAACCAGUUUAUCCUGUUAUAUAUGACAGUAAUAAAGUUAUUCUAUCUAUGCCACCUGUUAUAAACGGUAACCACAGUAAGAUAACGGUUAAUACGAAGAAUGUAUUUAUAGAAUGUACGGCAACAGACUUACAUAAAGCUAAAACAACUCUCGAUACCAUAGUUACCAUGUUCUCUGUUUAUUGUGAAAAACAAUUCACUGUUGAAGCUGCUGAAGUUAUUCAACCAGAUGGAACCAAGAUAAAUUAUCCAAGUUUACCGUAUAGAUUUGAAGAAGUAAAUGUUGAAAGGAUCAAUAAACAAGUUGGUAUCGAUAUAACAGCCGAGCAGAUGGCGAAAUACCUGACUAAAAUGUGUUUAGUAACAGAACCUUUGAAAGAUGGUCAAAAUUUAAAAGUUGAAAUUCCUCCAACAAGAGCUGAUAUUUUACAUGGUUGUGAUAUCAUGGAAGAUGUUGCUAUUGGUUACGGUUUUAAUAAUAUAAAGAAAACUAUUCCAGAUACUAAUUGUAUCGCAAAUCAGUUUCCGUUAAAUAAAUUAACAGAUUUAUUACGUCAAGAAAUAGCUGGUGCAGGAUUCACCGAGGCUCUAACUUUUGCUCUUUGUUCUAAAGAUGAUAUAGCUGGUAAACUGGGUAACAAAAUAGAAGAUAUCCCAGCAGUUCAUAUUGCUAAUCCUAAAACACUAGAAUUUCAGGUAGCAAGAACAACUUUACUACCAGGUGUAUUAAAAACAGUUUAUAAUAAUCAGAACAUGCCACUACCUUUAAAACUGUUUGAAAUAUCAGAUGUUGUCUAUCAAGAUCCCACAAAAGAUGUUGGAUCAAGAAAUGAGAGAAGAUUAUGUGCUAUACAUUAUAAUAAAACAUCAGGAUUUGAAGUGAUACAUGGUUUAUUAGAUAGAGUGAUGAAGUUAUUAGAAAUACCAUAUGAUAAAACUAAUGGUUAUUAUAUUAAAGCUAGUGAUGAUUCUACGUAUUUCCCUGGUAGAUGUGCUGAGAUAAUGGUUAAUGGUCAAUCUAUUGGUCGACUGGGUACACUACAUCCAGAUGUUAUAACCAAGUUUGAUUUAAAUCAGCCAUGUUCAGCUCUAGAUAUUAAUAUUGAAUACUUUCUGUAAAUCCUAUUUAUAAAUAAAUAUAAAUCAUCCAUUGUAAA